AUGUCAGUUAUUGGUAUCACUUUUGGUAACACAUCUUCUUCAAUUGCAGUUGCCUCUGCAGAUGGAAAAGUGGAUGUUAUUGCUAACCCAGAUGGUGAUCGUUCCAUCCCAUCAGCACUAUCAUACAUUGGUGCCGAUGAGUACCAUGGAUCUCAAGCAGAAGCUAGAUUAAUUAGAAACCCAGAAAACACUAUUGUGAACUUUAGAGAUUACAUUGGGAAAAAGUUUAGUGAAAUUAACCCAAACGCCGCCACCGGUGCUAAACCCAAAGAAAUAAAUGGAGAAAUUAGCUAUGAGAUCACCAAUGAUGGUAAAACAGAAGUAUUGACUGUACAUGAAGUUGCCAAGAGACAUUUCAAACAAUUGAAAUUGGCAGCUGAAGACUUUAUUGGUAAAAAUAUUGAAGGUGUGGUGUUGACUGUGCCAACAGAUUUCACUGAAGUUCAAAGACAAGAAAUUGCCAAAAUUUCAGAAGAUGCUGGAUUGAAGGUUUUGCAAUUGAUCAAUGAACCAUCUGCAGCCUUGUUGGCCCAUUUGUCUAAUGAUGAAGAUAGAUUAUCGCAAGACAAGAUUUAUGUUGUUGCUGAUUUUGGUGGUAUUAGAACCGAUGGUGCAGUGAUUGCUGUUAGAGGUGGUGUAUUGACAAUCUUGGCUACUGCCCAUGAAUACGGUUUAGGUGGUGACAACUUGGAUGCCGCAUUAUCUGAGUAUUUUGCCAAAGAGUUUGAAAAGAAAUACAAGGCCAACCCAAGAAACAAUGCCAGAUCAUUAGCUAAAUUGAAAGCUGAAUCUAUUGUUGUCAAGAAGACAUUAUCAAAUGUUCAAACUUCCACCUGUUCCAUUGAGUCAUUGGCCGAUGGCUUUGACUUUCAUACCAGUAUUAAUAGAUUAAGAUACGAAUUGACUGCCAGAGACCCAUUGAGCAAAAUGACAGCUUUUGUUGAAAAAGUCAUUGCUAAAGCUGACUUGGACCCAUUGGAUAUUGAUGAAGUAUUAUUAGUAGGUGGUGCUGCCCAUACCCCUAAAUUGGCCAGUAACAUUUCCUUCUUGUUCCCAGAGACAACCAACAUAAUAGCCCCAUCCUUGGACUCAAAAGCAUUGAACCCAUCUGAAUUAGUUGCUCUUGGUGCUGCCUUGCAAGCUUCUUUAGUUGAAUCAUUUGAUGAGUCAGAAAUAAAAGAAUCUUUACAACCAAUUGUGGUAAAUACUCAACAUUUGACCAAGCCAAUUGGUGUCAAAGACGCUGAUGGCAACUUCCAGCCAAUCUUAGUUGCUGAAACAGCUUAUCCUAUCAAAAAAUCUAUUUCAGUGACUAACGGUGAUUCAUCAUCAGUUAUUGUCGAAUUAUACGAAGGUAAGAGAACAGUGAAAGAAACUGUCAUUGAAGCUGAACCAGUUGAGGAUUCAGAAGAUGAAGACUCAGAAGAAGAAGAACCAGAAAUCAAAAGAGAAGUUGUGUACGAAUGUGGUGACAAAUUGGCCGAAUUGUCCUUGAAAGACUUGAAACCAAACGCAAAUUUGGAAGUUAUUGUAAACAUUACUCAAAAUGGUGUUUUGCAUUUGUCAGGAAGAGAAUUAAAACAAGGUUCUACUGCUGUUAAAGGUGAAAUCACAUCUCAAUAA